AUGGUCAAGCGCAAGAACGUGUCCCACGGAUCAUCCGAAUACACCAUGGCCGACUCAAACUCGAACGGCAGUUCGACACCUUCGAGUACUUUUGAACCUGCCGUCGGACCUGUCCCCACGCCAUUUCGACAACCCAAAGAUAUAGAAUGUUGGGGACACAGAGGUGCUUCUGCGCUGCUUCCUGAAAAUACCCUUGCAAGUUUUCGAGCUGCGAUUGAAGAAGGGGCAGAGGGUAUUGAGAGUGACGUUCACGCCACCGCCGAUGGAGUCAUCUUGAUGUUUCAUGAUGCCGACCUUGAUCGGACGACGGAUGGAACCGGCUUGAUCAGGGUCCAGCGAUGGCAUGGCGGUAUUGAACAUGUCCGGACAAAGGCACAACCCCCUCAACCUAUACCUCGUUUCGAGGAGCUCGUUGCGUUGCUGAUGGAAUCCAACAACCGUCACGUCUCUCUCAAUAUUGACUGCAAGAUGCAGAAUGAUCCAGAAAAGCUGUUUCCUGAAAUGGCUCGUGUCAUCUCACAACACGAAAACUGGGAGCAUGAUCUCGCUCCUAGGUUAAUCCUCGGAUUAUGGCAUCCUCAAUUCCUCAAAGCCGCGUUCAAAUACCUUCCUCUUCUGACGCGUUAUCACAUUGGGUUUUCGCCCAACGUCGUUCGCAAAUAUUUCUGGGACACAUGCCAUGGCUUUUCACUCAAUUUCGCGUGCCUCAUGGGUCAGGAAGGUCAGAAUUUCAUGGAGGACUGCCGAAAGGCAGGCAAAGAGAUAUGUGUUUGGACCGUCAACGAUCCAGUCGAGAUGAGGACCGCCAUGACUUGGGGUAUCAAGGCCAUCCUGACCGACAAAGUGUCAGUCAUGACAUCCCUUCGAAGCGAAGUCUGUUCCGAUCCUUCCAAGCUCCAGAUCCCAGGCUUGUAUCGAUACGCUUUCCCAUGGUCUCACUGGCGCUACUACUCUUUUGCCCACAUGCUUAUCGAGCGCUCAUUCAUCGACCUACUCAGAUCCGCCUCAUAUGCCCCAGGUCCAUUGGUUGUUCCUGAUCUAGGAGAACUUGGCAUGUCGGCAGACGCAGCGACAGCGUCGAUAAAUGGAACAAUUAGCUCGACUGCCGUGGCGGCAUAA